UCUUCUUGAAGAUGCCGACUAGAUUAGCAUGUUGCUAUUCAGCACAUUGGACGAGCUAUUUUGUUACAGGACUUUGCCUAAUGAGAGAGAGAAUUCCAUAAAAUAAUGUUUUUAUAGCAGAAAACUUCCUUAUUCUCAUUUCCGUGAUCUAUAGGAUCUUUCCAUGAAAGAUAUGAAACUAUAAAAUUAUCUUACAUCUUUUAUGAUUUUUUUUAAUUUUCAGUAAUAUUUAGUAGUUAAUUAUAUUUAAGAAAAUGCAUGCUUCAUUUCUUGAAAUCAGCUUUCGAGGAUCAAAGUUAAUGUUUACGCUUUCAAUUGAGGUACUUUAUUCAAAACAAUUGUUACUUUUCAUUCAUUUUUCAUUAUUCUAUUUUUGUAUAUACACAUAUUAAUGCAUAAGAAAUGUCUACUCAAUAAAUAACAGGAUCAAAUAGAAGUUUAUUGAUUGUUCAACAGAAGGAUUACUUGAAUUAAGAUGCAGAAAAUACGUUUGGGUUUUCAUUCUCUCAAACGUUGUUGAAAUUUUAUUAGCGAAAGAAACGGCCCAGAGUUCGUUUUCACCUGUAGCCAGUUUAGUUUUGAAAAUCACGGCGAGCUGGGCAAUGCAAAAGCGAGGUAGUAAGUCGCAUAUGUUUUUACUUGCAAAGGUACAUUUUUGAUUUGCUAAUUAUGAUUGUAAUAUUUAAGUGAUCAUCGUAUCGUAGCUCGUUACCUUUUGAAAGGUUUUGUUGCAUUGGAAGUGUGCUAGCCUGUUCAAUACUUGGAAAAGCUGUUGAAGGAGUUGUAAAAUCGAGGUUACCUUAGAAAUAAUCGAUAUAAUUGAAAGGUAAUCAAAACACUGCAAUUUUGUUUUAUACCAGACAGACAAUUAAGGAUGUGAUUUCUCUAAUGCUGUCUCCGCAGAAGCUUGGCAAACAUGGCAAUAUCGGGAGGAAAUCAGGCUGCAGUUGUGUUGCAAUUGACGCUAACCUGUGAAACACAAUACUUCACAUCAGCAUGAUCGGUCGAGACUGAAAGACGCCCCGCUAACGUGAGCCUAUUGUUUGCAAGGAGCCAUUGUUUACGAUCAUCCAAGAUAAUCUUUUACAAGAGGUGUUCCUUCAACUUUUUCUGCGUUUUGUAUCGAAGCAAGAUUGCUGUUCAAGCAACAAACAAUUUCAAUUAAUUGUCUCCUCAGCUCGGAAAAUUGCCGAAAUUGUCGAAUCUCGUGUACGUGUUUUUAAUUUGAAGCGAUCGAAUACGCGAUUUUCCCAAGGAAAUGACCAGAUGAAAUUUGACACCUUGCAACUGUCCUCGUGUUGCAGUUUCUAUGGCAACAAGGAUUUGAUUGGCAUGUUAAAACGUUACAAGCUGUGCGUUGAGAAUUUUCAUGUCUCUCCCCCUUACUUCCUGCCUUUCCGUUUCGUAGUUGACGUUUUGAAGUUUUGGGCAGAGUUGCCAACAGUGUGAAAGAUUUAGCUGACAUAAUUCUAUAGUAGUUUGUCUAACCGCAGGCACAGAAACAAAACGUUGACGGCUCAUCUGGGUGAAAUCCUUCAAGCCAUCAGUCCAUUGAAGCUCUUGUCUGUCAAAUGGCGCAAAGGGUCGGAGACACAUUUCCAUCGCCAUUUGGUCUUGGUCUUGAAGAUGGCGGCUCUAAUAACAUGCUGCCCGAUGACCAUACUCGUUUAGUGAGGAUGCAUCAGCCACAGUCGCACGCCAACUAUAGCCAAGCUUCAUGUAUGUCCACGGAGCAAGCCAGCUAUCAUCCGAAUGACAGCUCUCCAACCUCCGAUGCCCAGAUCAAAAGAGACAAAGAGAGUGUAUACGGGCAUCCACUGUUUCCUCUCCUCGCCCUGGUGUUCGAAAAAUGCGAGCUGGCGACAUGCUCACCAAGACAAAGGGGUGAUGCCCAGGAAGACAUUUGCUCGUCGGAUUCUUUCAAUGAAGAUAUUCAAGCAUUUGCAAAACAGUUUCGAGACGAGAAAAUGUUCUUCACGUCUGACACUGAACUCGACAGGCUGAUGAUCAUUGCAAUGCAAGUUCUCCGCUUUCACCUCCUCGAAUUGGAAAAGGUUCAUGAUUUAUGUGACAAUUUCUGUAAACGGUACAUUGCAUGUUUGAAAGGGAAAAUGCCGUUAGAUUUGGUUUUAGAAGAAGGAGACACAAGGGAAAAGGCGUCCUCAGAGAGCGACGAUGGAAAGGAGCAAGGUCCACCGUCUCCAUCAUCUUGUCAGGAAUCCCCAAGUGCCUGGCCAAGUGGUGGAUUGAACUUACCUGCAAACCCGCUGGACGGUGAAGGAGGCACGUCACUUACAAACCCCUCUACGACUCCAUUACCAGGAGCCUCGCCUCUAGAUGACCAAGCAGCCUCGGAGCCAUCACCGCCUGCACAUGGUGCUGAAGACUCCUCAUUUGGUGAAAACCUCCACGACUCCGAAGAUAGCUUCAUGCAUGAUGAUGAUGAUAAAGACAAAAGGAAACAGAAAAAACGCGGUAUCUUUCCAAAAAUGGCAACAAACAUCAUGAAGGCAUGGCUUUUUCAGCAUCUAACUCAUCCCUAUCCAUCAGAAGAACAGAAAAGACAGCUUGCAAAUGAAACUGGACUAACAAUACUGCAAGUCAACAAUUGGUUUAUCAAUGCUCGUCGAAGAGUCGUACAGCCUAUGAUUGAUGCAUCAAAUAGAGCGGGAAAGUCAUCUGUAGUCACGGUCUUCAAAUCAAAGAGAAGACGCAGCUCAAGCCCAGAGAGCGUUUCACCCGGUCCUUACGCGAUGAACUUUCCAUACACACCCGGACAUUACCCAGUAGCACCCUACCCUUCUGACCAACGCCAUCCACCAAUUCACGGAGGGUAUUACCCAGAGGGUUCAAUCCCAGCUGGUUACUAUUCACCCGUACCCCACAUUGCACCAUAUCCAUACCCAGCUUGUUCCAUGACAGAACCAACAAUCGCAGAGGGACAGGCUCAGGCAAACCAGAAUUUCAUGCAGGCGAGACCACAGAUGGGACAGCAUGGCCAUAUGUCCCAAAACAGUCACCCGCAUAUGCAGCCUGUCCCCGUCUAUUGCACAGACUCGAACGGACAGUUGUAUAUAAAAGCAAGCUAGGUGCAGCUUGAGAAUGAGAACUGGCUGCUUUUAAAUUGAUUUGCUAAAUGCCAGGCAAUCACGAACAGUUAUAUCGAAUCGUUGUAUAAAUUCGCGCUCAGAAUGAUUAUCUUCGUCCCAUCCUUCUGGAUUUUUAGAGUAGAACGUUUAAAGAAAAUGAUGACAUCCUUCGUAAAAUCUUAUGAACGCUUUCGCCCGUGAUCUGUAAUUAGAUAAGCAUGUAUGCUUGAAUAACACUGAGAGUUUGUUUAAAUUUAAAUUUCAAGAGAAAGUUAUAAGAAUGGAGAAAGAAUUUCGUAAAGGACAAACAUUGGCAUGGACAAACAAACUUUCGCAAAAGUUCAACUUUCCAUAAAGUAUUUGCAUGCCAUAACGUAUUUAUAUUCUUGACGAAUUAAAAUAUUGUGGCAGUAGUCGCAAUGUCUUGUCAAAGAUGUGCCAAAGAAGGUAUAGAAUCAAUACAAUAUGCUUUCAAUUGCAUUAUUAACUAUUUAGCCCUGUGUUGUAAAUUUUAGUUUGAAACGCGCCCCUCCAACUCAUAUGCAAACAUAACUCUACUGUGACUUUUCACUGGAGGGUAAAAGUCAAAAAUAGCUACUGAUGAACAUUUUUAAUCUCGUUUGUUCCAGCUCUUUACGGUUUUGUGAUAUUAAUUUGAAUACUAAAUAGAUGUAGAGAUAUUUUUAUUUUGAAAUUUAAAGAAUUCGAAUGUAGAUAAAAUGGUUUUAUUGGUGACUUUUUGUUAUAUGACUUUGUUGUAACUGAAAUUGUUCAAAUUACAACGGUUGAUCUGCAGAAUUUUGGCUUGUUAAAUGUUUUGCUCGUAGCAAAAAGAAUCAAUCACAAGGGACGUGGAAGGUUGAAAUAGAAUGAAAGAUAAUCUUCUAUGUCAAAUGCCGUUGCUGCUAAAACGUUUUAAGUGUAAUUAGCUCUGCUUUUCAAUUGUCGAAACGUUUAUAUUUGUAAAAAAAUGAUGAACGAUAA